UCCCCCAUCAAAAAAUUAUGCACACCUGUUGCCAGCAUUGUUCCGAAAACCGCAAAUGAAAUAUUGUUGCUGGCCGCCCUUCGUGAAACCGAGGCAGCUAAUGCAGCCUUGAAGCAACGUGUUAUCACACUGCAGGCCUCAAAUAUUUUGAAUGAGAUGUACUGUUCCAAACUUCGAAGUCAGCUUGCCAAUCAGGAGUCGAAGAAGCAUGGAGGGAAAGAUAGCGGAAAGAUUCUUGGAGAUGGCUUACCACGGUUGUUAUCAGGGGAUGAGUUUUAUGAGCAGGUUGUUGAGUUUGAAGCAGCUCAGAAG